GCGGCAGGUACGGGAAGACAAAAAUUUGUUGGAGAAGAUGGUAGACUUGGUGGACGUCCACUCAGAGAUUCCAAAGGAGAUUGCGAUCGACGUGACGGCCGUUCGAGAAGCCAAAGCGGAAGCAGCAAAAGCAGCCGCUGCAGCCAGAGCACAACAAGAGCAUCAGGAAGCUUUGUCACGCUCUAGGUCAAAGUUAGAACAGAGCGGCCGAGGACCAGGGUCCGGUUCGGUAGAGGCACCAGGCAAAGAGGAAGGCUCGCGACCCAAAAAUAGUCCCACAGCGAAUGCGAACAAUCGGGAGACUUCCCAUUCGCAGAGUGGUAGUGGCAGUGAGCACGGUGGGGAGGAGAGUGAUGAAGACAAAGGGAGACCAAAAUCGAAGAAGGAGAUCAUGCGAGAGCGACAACGACAAACCGGCGGUUUAGGCACCUUUGCGCCCCCGGUUCGCUCAUUAGAAGAGCGACUGGAGAAUUUGAUCGAGGUGGCCGGCUUUCAAGCUGCGGUGGAUGCGAGAGUCGUGAAGCGUGCACAGAGUGAGCGCUUGCCAGCGCCUGUGUCGCGCUAUGCAGAGGCUCGAAAGAUGAUUUUAGAGAUGGACUCGGCUUCCGACAGCGACCAAAGCACACCGCUACCCGAUGAGGGAGGACCGGGAGAAGACCUCCAUGAAGAUGUUCUUGACGGUCGAGCAGGUGAGAACGCUGAUGCUGUAGUUGAAAAUGAACCUCAAGGAGCUUUCUCUAGAUCUACUUCAACUAGAGGACGAGGACUUCGUCAACAGGACGAUCAUCAAAGCAGGACAUCAGUCUCUUCUUCACAGCAAAUUUCAUCACAGCAGCAAACUUUUGUACUAAAUAGACCAAGUAGUUAUCAUGGAGGCGUAGGCUCAGGCUCAGGCACUAGAAGCGGUAGGAGUCCUCAAGAGGAUCCGAGUACAGCCAGAAGGACUGCAGGAGGGACGGGAAGCGGCACCUCUGGCGACCGAAGAACCGACAGCCAAGCAGGAUCUUCUAUGUUCAGCAGGAGAGCAGGGGUUCUCUCGUCAGCUGCACCAAAUGUUGAUACAAUGAGCCGACCAGGAUCGGCCAGUUCUCAACAGUUAAGGCUUGAAAGUUGGCAUCUCUAUAAGCAUCUCUAUGGUUUCUCCAAGUAGGAAAGCCAUAGAUAUGCGGGCUAGAGAUGCCAACUUUCAACCCCUAAAACAGGACACACUGUUCGAAAUCAACGUGCUACGACCAAAUUCUUCCGGCAGACCAAUGUCACAACAAUCACAGCUACAACAUUUAGCGACAGGAGGAGAGUUUGGUUUGCCAUCAUCUUCAACAACGGCAGCCCGCGGGGGCCCUUCUCAGGUGUUGAAUGAGCAACAAGAGACAGCCUCUACAGCCUCCUAUGGUACGAGGGUGAGCGAUCGUACGCGACUGAGCACAGGAAGAGACAUCAGAGGAAGUGCGCCGGGCCGACAUGACAGUCCAGCACAUCAAGGUCAACAGGCUCAGGCUCAGCGAAGUCCUCAUCAGGAGAACCAACUGCUUGCUCUCCCAGAAGCAGCCCCUUCCGUGGUGAGUAGUUCGAGGAGAUCGAAAAAGUCAUCCACCUCUAAGAAAGGGGAUCGUCGUGGCUUGUCCUCUUCGAGAAGUAGGGAUAAGCUGUCAGGCAGUAGGCGAAGCGCGAGCUCUGGUGGAGGAAGCGUAGGAGCGGAAGACCCUUGUGGCGAUGGGCGUGAGGAUGUUGGAGCUUAUCGCGGUGUCGUCUGGGGUGGCAAACUGAUUGCAAAGACACUUAGCUCAGAUCGAGAGGCGAAGCGACGCGCGAGGGUGUUGAACGACAACAGUUUAAUCCCCGAUGUGGAGUACGCAGAGAUGACCAUGAGCGCGAAAAAACGCAGAAACUGUUAAGAAUUGAAUUGCAUUUCUAUUUCAUAUUUGCACGCUCUAGUACUUGGCACAUUUCUUCAAGAAGAAACGCGUCAUAUUUAUAUGAUGAUGAUGUAUCAGUAAUAUUUAAGGAAGAUAAUAUAUAAUAUCAGAAGUGUUAUCUUUUUUCGGUUUUCGUUUUUUCUAAGUAGUUAGGUCUGCUCUACCAACAAUAUCAACGAACUGUUUCAAGAGCCGCCUCUUCAAAGUAAUGAUAUCAGUCUAAGGAAAGUAAUGAUAUCAACUGUUUCAAGAUCUACCUCUAAAAUUUGGAAGAGAAAGUCGGACUGACACGGCCGACAAUGGCAGAGCUCACCUAUUCUAUCGAGUCAAGAGCCCUUUCAGGGAGAUUGGGGAGACAUCUAGCGUUCGGAGAAAUGCUAUCGUCCGGAUCAGAAACGGAACUGGAAAAAGCAAGGGAUCGCGUUCCAUACGAUGUGCCUAGUGAUGUGGAGAUGUAGUUUGUCGCCAGUGAUGUGGGGAUGUAGCUGUAGGUGAUGAAAACUCUGAUAGUGGGAGUCGAGGACCUCGAAGUCGGCUGCCAUUCUCUCUCUACGGUGGUCGCGAAAGGAGCACUCACAUUACAUAGUGCGGGGAUGCAGCUGGAAAUCCGUGAAAAACUAUAAUAAGUCGCGGCCACAGACGAGGGUGGAGUCCUCUAGCUAGUAAAAAACCACGGAGUUCGCUAGAAGCUAGUAAAAAAACCGGCGAAGUCCUCAAGGGCCUACUUCUAAUCGAAAACUAGAAAUUGUAACCGUAUGAUAACGUCGGUAGACUCUGCAGUUGAUGAAGAGAUACGAUCAAAUAGAAAGAACGGCAAGCAGAAAUAGUGGUAAAUGUAAAAAUAGAAAUAUAUAAUGUUAAGUGGAUUUCCACGUCGUCUUUGUCAUGUGCUAUUUAUCGACAUCAAGAAUAACUAUACAGAUACGGAUACUUAAAUCAUAUUAUUUCUUGGGAUCUGAAUCACAACCAUUUGCGGGUAGGUAUAACUCAUACAGAAUCUGAAAGAAUUCGAAUGGUCCGAGGACAACAAGGGAUAGGAAACAUCAACUAGGAGAUCUUCGAGAUAUUCACCCUAAAAAAGAAAUAGCAAUAUUAUCAAGGACUAUCUAACCCCCCAGGACAUUAUCGAGAGGUGCGCCCAGGGGUAGGAGGCGAAAAGAGGGAACUAGCGCGCGGGAGGCAAGCGCCACCGGGCUCCCCGGGUGAAAGUGACGCGAAAGCGCUCGAGAAUGAUACCAGGCAACAAUACACAC